AUGUUAUCCUUCGUCUUUUUCUUUUCUUCAUCUUUUCUUUCUUCUUUUUUCUCUUUUUAUUUUUCUUCUUUUUCUUCUUCUAAUCUUUUUUUUUCUUUUUGUCUUUUCUUCUUCUUCUUCGACGCUUCUUUUUUUCUUUUUCUUUUUCUUCUUCUAGUCUUUUUCGAGUCGUCUUUUACAGUAAUUUUCUUCCCGCCUUUAGUGAUUCCGGCUUCGUAUCUCUUUCUUUAUGCAUUUGUUCGUUUUUCUUUCUUUUCCCUCUUAUAUCUUCUUCCUUUUCUUUUCUUUCUACCUUUCCUAUCUUUCUUCCUGGCUUCAAUUUUUAUCUUCCUUCUAUUUUUGUCUUUCCCUCUUUCUUUUGUACAACCGUUAACAUUCUUUUCUUCUUCUUUCAUUUUUUUCUUCUUCCUUUCUUUCUACUGUCGUUGCUUUUCAUUUUUGUCCAUUUUAAUUCGAUAUAUUUUUUUCUUCUUUUUAUUUCAUUCCUUAGUUUUCCUUCUCGUUAUUAUUUUAUUAUUUUAUUUAUUUCUAUCACUUUUUCUUUCUACCCUUGUUAGUUUUUCUCUUGGUUUUUUUUUUUUGCUGCUGGUGGAUGUCUUUGUUUUUAACUUCUUUUUCUUUACUUCUUCUCGUAUUUUUCUUCUUUCUUCUUUUUCACAAUCUCUUUUUUUUUUCUUAUUUUUACACUUUUCUCCUUUCUUUCCUUCUGCUUAUUUUUACACUUUUCUCCUUUCUUUCUUUCUUUCUUUCUUUCUUUUUACUUAUUUCUACACUUUUCUCCUUUCUUUCUUUCUUUUUUCUUUCUUUCUACUUAUUUUUACUCUUUUCUCCUUUCUUUCUUUCUUUCUUUCUACUUAUUUUUACUCUUUUCUCCUUUCUUUCUUUCUUUCUUUUUACUUAUUUUUACACUUUUCUCCUUUCUUUCUUUCUUUUUACACUUUUCUUUCUUUCUUUUUUUCUUUCUUCAGUCAAUUUUCUUCUGAUCUUUUUUUUUUUCAUUCAGUCUUCCAUUCUCAUUCCUGUCUUUACAAACAUUGUUUUCCUUCCGGUGCGUUUAUUUUAUUCCUUUUUUUCAUUCACUAUUUUUUUUUUCUAAACUCACAUUCUGGUCGUAUUUUUUAUUUUUUUUAUUUAUUUUUCAUGGGGGGGGGUAUCCAUUUUUUUUCUUUUGGUUCUUUAAUUGUUAGCUUUCAAGUACUUUUUUUAUUUCUCUUAUUUUUUUCCUCUCUUCUAUAUUCGUUUUUUUUCUUUUUCAUCAUUAUUUAUUUAUUUAUUUAUUCUUCCAAUAUUUCGUCACCUUUUCUUCACUACGUCAUCCAUUUUUUUUCUGGUCACUUUUAUUCUGCUAUAUUUCUAUUCUUUCCUUCUUUAAACGCAAGUCUUUAUUUUUCUUUCUUAUUUUGUCUUUCGUUCUUUUACACUUCAUUUCUUUUAUUAUCUUCUCUAUCUCUUUUUUCUCUCUCUUUUUCUUUCUAUAUUCUCUACCUUUUCUCUAUAUUUAUCUCUCUUUUUACUUCUUUUCUCUCUCUCUCUCUCUCUCUCUCUCUUCUCACUACUUCUCCCUUUUUCUCACACUUCUUCUAUCUCUCUUUUCUCCUUCUCUCUUUUCUUUCUUUGUUCUCUCUCUUUUUAUCACUUUUAUCUCUCUUUAUCACUCUCUUUUCUUCAUAUUUUUCUCACUCUUCUUCUAUCUCUCUUCUCUCCUUCUCUAUCUCUUCUCGCUCUUCUAUUUUCCCUCCCUUUUCACUCUUUCUCUCUGUCUUUCCCUUCUUUUCUCUCUCUCUCUCUCACUCUCUUCUCUCUCAUUGUCAUUUCUCUUCUUCCAUUUUUCUCGCUAAUAUUCAAUGCCCUAGUCCCUACACAUUUUUAUCCUGUGGCAAUAUCAACCGGCAACCAGCCAGUACACUAAUCUGGACCCCCAUCCCCUUCCCGAACUCAACCCAUCCCUUCUUAUCUAUUUUUCCCUCCCUUUUCUGGUUACUUCCUGAGAAAUAUUCCACCCAACGAUGUAUUGACAAAGAUUUUGUCCAAUCAAGUCUGCAGAUAGCGACAACAGUACGGCCCAAACGUGAAAACGAACGUCCCUAUCAGCGCUCGAAGAUAUCAGCCAGAUACAGGGACGAAGAUGGAGGGUUGCGAGAGGCAGAGAAAGUCCCUUGCUCCAUAUCGAACCGUCGAUCUGCAAUUAUUUCAAGUACAGCCUAUAGACCAUCCUUCUUCGUGCCGUGUGAUACGAUCAUCGACAGGCCCGUCAGGCAAUGUGCAGAUACGGGAUAUCAUUUCUAA